GGGACUGAGCUUCGGCUGCGGCGGCGGCGGCGGCGGCGGCGGCGGCGGCGGCGACAGGAGGGCCGGGGUCCGGCGGCGGCGGGACGCAGGUCGGGCCUCUGUGCAGCGACCUCGGGUCCCGGAGCGGCUGCAGCGCAGCCGGGCAUCGGACCCGGUGCGCGUCCUCGGUGCGCGCUUCUCCGAGCUCGGCCCUGAUGCUGGACAUGAGCGAGGCCCGCGCCCAGCCGCCCUGCAGCCCGUCUGGCACUGCCAGCUCCAUGUCGCACGUGGAGGACUCGGACUCGGACGCGCCGCCGUCGCCCGCCGGCUCCGAGAGUCUGGGCCGUGCGGCGGGCGCGGGGGGCGGCGGCCGGAGCGACGCGGCGGACGAGCGUUUCCCCGCUUGUAUCCGCGACGCCGUGUCGCAGGUGCUCAAGGGCUACGACUGGAGCCUGGUGCCCAUGCCCGUGCGCGGUGGCGGCGGCGGCGCGCUCAAGGCCAAGCCGCACGUGAAGCGGCCCAUGAACGCCUUCAUGGUGUGGGCGCAGGCGGCGCGCCGCAAGCUGGCCGAUCAGUACCCGCACCUGCACAACGCUGAGCUCAGCAAGACACUGGGAAAGCUGUGGCGCUUGCUGAGCGAGAGUGAGAAGCGCCCCUUCGUGGAGGAGGCAGAGCGGCUUCGAGUCCAGCACAAGAAGGACCACCCAGACUACAAGUACCAGCCGCGCCGGAGGAAGAGCGUGAAGGCUGGCCAGAGCGACUCGGACUCGGGCGCCGAGCUGGGCCACCACCCAGUCAGUGCUGUGUACAAGACGGACGCCAGCCUCGGGGACGUGCACCACCACGGCGACCACACAGGGCAGACCCACGGGCCCCCCACCCCGCCCACCACCCCCAAGACGGACCUGCACCACGGGGGCAAGCAGGAGCUGAAGCUGGAAGGCCGCCGACUGGUGGACAGCGGCCGCCAGAACAUCGACUUCAGCAACGUGGACAUCUCGGAGCUGAGCAGCGAGGUCAUCGGGAACAUGGACACCUUCGACGUGCAUGAGUUCGACCAGUACCUGCCCCUCAACGGCCACUCGGCCCUGCCCGCAGAGCCGGGCCAGCCCGCGGCCGCCGGCUCCUACGGGGGCACCUCCUACGCGCACGCUGGGGCGGCCGGCCUCGGGGCGUCCCCCGUGUGGGCCCCCAAGGGCGCCCAGUCGGCCUCGGAGUCACCCACCGAGGCCGGCCCCCCGCGGCCGCACAUCAAGACGGAGCAGCUGAGCCCCAGCCACUACGGCGACCAGGCGCACGGCUCCCCGGGGCGCGCCGACUACGCCUCCUACAGCGCCCAGGCCAGCGUGACCACGGCCGCCCCCGCCGCAGCCGCCUCCUCCUUCACCAGCUCGCAGUGCGACUACACCGACCUGCAGACCCCCAACUACUACAGCCCGUACCCCGGCUACCCUUCCGGCCUCUACCAGUACCCCUACUUCCACUCGCCCCGCCGGCCCUACGCCUCGCCCCUGCUCGGCGGCCUCUCCGUGCCGCCCACCCACAGCCCCCCCAGCAACUGGGACCAGCCCGUGUACACCACGCUGACCAGACCCUGAGGGCGCGGCCGCGGGGGGCGACGCGGCCGCGGGCCAAGCCGGAGCCUCCGAGGGCUUACAGGAGGGACGCGCGCGCGUGUGCACGCGGGGCGAGAGGGGUGCAGCCCGCGGCUGCGACCAGUGCCUGCACCGCGCUUUGUGCAGGACCCCCCUCCAGAUUUCCCACCUCGGCCCGGACAAAGCCCUCCGUCCUCCUCUCUGUCUUGCCCCUCGGCUGCCCCGCUUCCCAGCAGACGCCAGCGUCUGGGCUUUGCCUCUCGUUGGCUGCAAAGCGGCAGCCUCGGCACAAAGGACAAAAGGAGGGAAGAGGCCGGCGGGCUCUGGGCCGCCGAGCUCCAGGCCCCGGCCGGCCUUGGCGCUGAGAACCCCCCAGGACCAACGGAGGAGUCUCCCCAGCGAGUGGGCCCCCACGCCCCAUCAUGGUUGCGUCUGUCAGCCCGAGCCCCUCUUGGGACCGGCCCUGGGACCUAGGACCUGGGUGUUCCUUGUAGUGAGGGUUCUUCCGAGCAAGGUUUGGCUGUGAUUAACACUUCUCUCUUCUUAUUUUAUUUUUUUAAUUUUUAUUUUUGAAGCUUCACCGUGUUUGAUUUGUUUUGAGAGCUGUUAAAAAAUGUAUUUAUGUUCUGUAUUAUUUUAUCUUUAAUUAAUGAAGUAAUCCGUGCGGAGAACAGUAGACUUUCAGACAAAACGGAAGCUGGAGGGCCGGGGGAGGGGCGGGGGGGGCUGGGACCCUGGCUUGGGCAGCUGGCUGGCUGGGCCCCGGCCCCAGGCCCCCCCCCCACCGCCCCAGGGUGGUUGGACCCCCCCCCCCAGGCAAGAGCAAGAGAGGGGAUUUGCCUCGUGGUGUCUCUGACAGGUGGGGCCCCCGGCACCCGUGUCAAAUCCAGGUUUAGGAGGCAGGGCGCGUCGCUGAAUUUCACCUCUGCCCACGACUGUGCCAGGUGGUGGAGGCGGGAAUUUCCUGGGACGUGGUGGCUCCAGAAAUGCAUUAAUCUCGGCUCUUAGGAACCAGGCGCCACCUCCAAGCUGUGAAACUAAAACCUCUCCACUAAGCGUUUUUAGAUUCUUAGUUUUGAGAGAACAGUGUCUGAUUUACCUGUGCCGCUUCUCCUGUCUCCUGAGCGAUGGUAGCUGCCUACUUGAUGGAAACGCGUGCCUUUCAAACUUUGUACAUUUAAAUAAGUACAUCUGAGAUGUUGCUUCUUUUUACUUUUUCUACUUUUUCUUACCUUUUUCUAAAAAAAUUUUUUUUUUCUUUUUUUUUGGGGGGGGAGGGUGGCUUAUCUCUUCCUGGGGGUGGGGGCAGGGAACUACAGCAAACUCAUUUUUAUGCAAUCUAUUUUUCGGUGUCAAGUUUGGACUUUUGCUGUCACUUACCUGCUGUGUUUCGCUACUUUCUGACCAAGCAAUGCUAACUUUUGUACAGAUCCAUUUGAUAAAAUUAAAAAAAAAAAUGCUUUUUAUCUA